CACGGGUUCCCCAAUUCAUUCAUUUCAUCUUCUUCUCCACCCAACAAGGCAGCAACUGCUUCACUUGUUCAAUCCUCCAUUCUCAAAAAAGCUUUAUCAUGUCUGGUGGUUCUUCUAGUUAUUGGAUCAAAGGGGUGGUAAUGGUGGUGUGGGUGUUGAGUUGGAAGAACAUUGGGGCGGCCAACGUCAAAGUGCAAGGCAACAUCUCCAAAGUAGAAGAUGCUAAGAACUACCAUAUCUACUAUGGUCAGACUUUCAAGGUCAUUAAGAAUGGCAUCGAUGGCAAGAGUUAUCUUCUCAUCCAGAGUGAUACAAGGAUGGCCGGAAGGACAAGAUACUGCACGCCAAGGAUUAAGUCUUUUGUCAUCCCACUCUCCAAUUUCUCAGCCGAUACAACCAACAGUUUUCCAGUUUCAUUUUUUGAGCUUUUGGGAUUGGUGGGAAGCAUGAAGGGGAUGACAUCAAACUCGGUGGCCUCGGAAUGCGUAUUAAAAUUGGUUGGAGGAGGAGAAAUCAAUAUGAUCAACGCCAGUGAGCCUCAGCAGCUCACUCCAUUUGCAGCCCAUUUUGUUUCUAACGUUGAUCUAUUUCAAGCUUGCAAUUUUGCCAACUUUGCUGCUACUGGGGAGGACACUCCUUUACAAAGAGCAGAAUGGAUCAAGUUCUUGGGGGCUUUUGCAAAUUUGGAAAAUAGAGCAAAUCAAGUCUACAAAACGGUAAAAGCCAAUUAUUUAUGCCUAACUAAAGUUGCAGAGGCCAACGAAAAAACAUUUAAACCAAUAGUGGCAUGGAUGGAAUACCAGAAUGGCAUAUGGUCUUUCACAAAGGAAUUAUAUAAGUUAAAGUAUGUAGAAGAUGCAGGAGGAGAAAAUGUAGACGCCUCCAUUAACAAUAUUACAUACAACAUCUCCAAUCCUGAUGAUAUUGAAGACUUGCAUGCUAUCCUAUGUACAGUGGAUGUUGUAAUAGAUGAAACAUACAGUUGGGAUGCAGUUGGGUACAAUGAGACAACAUUCCUCCAAAACAUAAACAUUGAAGAUUAUUCAUGUUUUGGAUUUAUUACAAACCAAAGUUUAUGGAGAUAUGAUAAGAGAAUCCAAAAUUUAACUACCCUUGAUUGGUUGGAUGGUGCUGUCUCUCAACCCCAACUGGUAUUAGCUGAUCUGAUUGAGAUUUUGUUCCCAACUGGAAACUACACCACCACUUACUUUAGAAAUCUUGCAAAGGGAGAAGGUGUUGUAAGCAUUGAAGCCAACAUGUGCCAAAGGGAUAUAUCUACACCAUUGGAUCCUACGGUUGUUCCUUGCCCUUGAUUUGUUUGUCUCAUAAUCAAUUUCGUGCGAUGUCCGGAUUCCAUUAUAUUCGGCAGUGGUUAUUGACUCUUCGUGUUGUGUUUAUUGUUCCUCGAUUGUUCUUUGCCAUCGAUUGACUUUCCGCAUUAUUACAGCUGUGUUUCCAUGUAUAUGUGUUUUAGAACUCGUGCAGCUUUUGUGGUCAGCCUUUUUCAUGUUUGAAUGCAUUCUAGUGGUUUUACUGAUAUUUUAAAACCACUUAUGCGAUAUAAGUGGCAUCUGCUGAAUUUUGGGAGCUGAUUCUAUUUGCCUAGCUUUGCUUUAGAUCAGGGUGAUGCUGCUGGCUAGUCUUCAUAUUAUUGGUUUUUUUCAUUGGUUUAGUUGUUUGAGUGUUGCUCCAUUCCUAAUCCUCCACACUGUUUUUUUGGGUUGUAUAUGUUCGU